AAAUAAAAAUCAACAGGACCGAACUUAAAAACGACGUUAGGUUUCAAUGGCCUGGGACACAUGACACAAUCGGCGCUUUAAAAGCCAUUUAUAACAAUUAUUUUCCGUGACACUUCAGGCCUUACAGAGAACAGUGCUGAGCGAAUCAUUACGGUUUCUUUACUCCAGUCAAAAAAAGGAAUGAAUGACAUCGACCGUCUGAAGAUGCCAGCAUCUAACUCCCGCCCCCUAUUGUCAUUGGGCGCCACUCUCGCCAAACCCAUUUGACCAAUGGAUGCCGGCAGAAACACAGUUUUCCGGUUCACUGAAUAACUGCCAGCCAUCCACAGCCGCAGUCGUAAUCGUGGAGCGAUGGUGGUUGGACUAGCAAGACGUUACACUUUUCUGGAAACGCGGUGAUAAUUCAGUACCUAAGGACUCUUGUAUAUAUCAGGGAAUAUGAGCAAGGGAGACAUGUCAUGCCGACCCGCUUCGCUGAAAUUCACCAUCGACAACAUCCUGAAUCUGAAGCAGAAUAACAAGGAAUCAGACGCUCAUCAUGCCAAACAGCUCACAGAAGCAGACAAUAAAAAUGAUUUUCAGCGCAGACUCGAGGACCACGGAGUUCAAAGCAGGAACGAGACGGAGUAUUUGGUGCACGAAAAAGACGAAACAAACACAGACUGCUAUACUGCCUCUGCUCAUGCCAUCGCGGUCUGUGGGGAAGACGCUAUAAAGAUCAUAAACACAUGCCCAAGGACAGACAGCGCAGACAGCUGUGGCGAUGUUGCAUCGCACCACAAACUCAACAAAAAAAGCAAAACCGCUACGAAAAAGAAAACGCGCACUAUCUUUUCAAAAAGACAAAUUUUCCAACUGGAAUCCACAUUCGACAUGAAACGGUAUCUCAGCAGCGCAGAACGGGCUUGUCUGGCUAAUUCCUUACAACUGACCGAAACGCAAGUAAAAAUAUGGUUCCAGAACCGAAGGAAUAAAUUGAAACGUCAGCUAUCGACGGAACUAGAAGGACCCAGCGCAGUGGACCACUUCGCUGAUGUCGGGAAGACUGUGCAACUUCCAGCCCUCUACAAAGAAAACAAUCUACUGGGCAGAUGUUUGCUACCAAUGCCUUUCCCGCUCGUGUACCCUGGAAACAGUACGCCUUACUUGUGUUUUUCAAACGCCAGCAAAUAUUUUAGCCUUUUCGAUGGAGAUGUAUGAGUUCACGUUCUGAAUCUUUUUGCGAAGUCACUGAAAUGCUACGCCAAUGCCAAUGCGGUUCUGGCCACUUCGUCUGCGUUUUGCUUCGAUUGUACAAUGGAAAUUAAUCACGUGGGUCAAUUUUAAAUUUAGGUAAAGAUCCUAGAGACCCCUGUGACAUCAAUAUGCAAAUUUGGUUAUUAUAAAUUUUUACUGUAAUCUAUACACACUUUUGAUAUAUUUGAUAGAUUAUGCUUUUAUUACAUUUGUAAUAGGCCUAUACGUUAUAAUUGCAUCAUUUUUGAAAGCAGCAAGUUAGGGGUUACUAUCUUACUACCUGAACGGUGUGCAGUUUCACGUUCAUUAUUAUUUUGUAGUUGUAUAUUUUAUAUUGCAUUUGUGUCUUAGUUUAUCAUACUUGCUGAUAUCACCUUGUUUACAAAACAAUUUUAUUAUUAUUAUUAUUAUUAUUAUUAUUAUUAUUAUUAUUAUUGGUUCAAUCACAAGAGUGAAGAACUCAGCCAAAGAUAUAAUUUGAUCUUUGCAUGCAUUUACAGUAUUGAUACUUAAUAAACCAUUACUUUUGAAUUACUGCCAUUUGAAUGAAUGUAUAAACAUGUUUAUUUUAUUCUGUGUUUGGUUUUACGCAUGUGUUUCUAAAUUUAACUGGUAUAUUUUAAUGAUAAUAUUUUACCUAUUUGUUGCUUGCGUCCUAUAACUUUGCCGGGUAACACUAUUUACACUUUGUCUUGAACUGUUAUUAAAACUUCUAAUUUUAAAAUCCUAGGCUAUUAA